CGCGGGAGGGGCGGUGCCGGCGCAGCGCUCGCGAGAGGAACAUGGGCACGGACAUGGCCGCGGCCGCGCCAGGCCGGGAAAUGUGCUGAAACGGACACUUUAGAGGGGGGCGAGAGAUACAAGAGUGCAGAGGAUCGCCCAGCAUGGAUCACCUGGGGCCUGUGGAUGCCGAGGAGGACUCGGGGCCCCCUCCCCGGCUGGCCCCCAGCCCGCACAGCGAGGCCGUGGCACACGAGUUCCGGGAGCUGUCGCUGCAGCCCAGCCAGUGCCUGCCCCCCCUCACCGAGCGCAGGAAUGUUCUUCAGCUGAGGCUGCAACAGAGACGGACACGAGAACAGCUGGUGGACCAGGGCAUCAUGCCACCUUUGAAAAGUCCAGCUGCAUUCCAUGAGCAGAUCAAGAGCCUGGAGCGAGCCAGGACGGAGAAUUUCCUGAAGCACAAGAUCCGCAGCCGGCCGGACCGCUCGGAGCUGGUCAGGAUGCACAUCCUGGAAGAGACCGUGGCAGAGCCCUCUCUGCAGGCCACGCAGAUGAAACUCAAGAGAGCUCGGCUGGCAGAUGAUCUCAAUGAGAAGAUUGCUCAGAGACCUGGCCCGAUGGAACUGGUAGAAAAAAAUAUCCUUCCUGUAGACUCCAGUGUUAAAGAAGCUAUUAUAGCAGUUGGACAAGAGAAUUAUCCUCAAGCUUUGGAUGAUUUUUCAUUUGAUGAAGACAGCAGUGAUGCUUUAUCACCAGAUCAGCCGGCCAGCCAAGAAUCCCAGGGCUCAGCAGCUUCCCCUGGUGAGCCAAAAACCAGUGACUCACCAUCACCUGUAACCCCGAAUGCUGCUACAUCCACACAGUAUCCACCUUUAACCUCUCCAGUUCCUGAAUUUCUCAAAACUCCCUCAACAAUUGAACAGCACGUCACACGUUCCACUGCUGCCACCACCCUGACUACAAGCACUGUCUCUGCAGCAAAGCCUGGGCCAACCUUAGUGAAGCAAAGCCACCCAAAGAACCCAAAUGAUAAACAUCGGAGCAAGAAAUGUAAAGAACCCAAGCCAAGGGUGAAAAAAUUGAAGUAUCAUCAGUAUAUUCCACCUGAUCAGAAAGGUGAGAAAAAUGAGCCACAGAUGGACUCCAACUAUGCUCGCCUGCUACAACAGCAGCAACUGUUUUUGCAGCUGCAGAUCCUGAGCCAACAGCAACAACACUACAACUACCAGACAAUUCUGCCUGCACCGCUGAAGCCACUGAAUGACAAACAGAGUAACAACGGGAACACGCCAUUGAACACUCUGAACAACAACAGCACCCCAACAUCAGCUGCCAGCUCCCCCAGGCAGAACAGCAGCGUGCCCAGCAGGAAACCUGGACCUCUGCCUGCCAGCCUGGAUGACCUGAAGGUAGCAGAGCUUAAAAUGGAGUUGAAAUUGAGGGGAUUACCAGUGUCUGGAACAAAAACAGAUCUCAUUGAGCGUCUGAAAACCUACCAAGAUCUUAACAACAACGGGGUCGCUACAAGUACCUCUGUGACAGUAACCACUUCUGCUGGGGCCACAGGUAACACUGGGGAAGUGACUGUGGCAUUUCCUGUCGCAACACUAAAUAAACCAGCGGCUAAUCCCAUAUCCAGCUUCCCUCCAGAAAAAACAUCUACUGGAGCUGGCAGCAAAGUAGUGAACACUGAAAACAUCAGCUCUCCUUUGCCUAUAUCCCCCUCUCCCUCAGAACAGUCGAGUCUAAGCACGGAUGACACGAGCAUGGCAGAUACUUUCACGGAAAUGAUGACCAUGAUGUCGCCGUCGCAGUUCUUGAGCACGUCCCCCCUGAGAGCAAACGCGAGCGAUGACACCCAGAGCCGCAGCAGCAUCUCAGCCAUAGAGCUGGACGUGGCAGAGAAGGACCGCAAGCUCCAAGAGAAGGAGAAGCAGAUUGAAGAGCUCAAAAGGAAACUGGAACAAGAGCAGAAACUUGUGGAAGUAUUGAAAAUGCAACUUGAGGUUGAAAAACGGGGACAACAGCAACAAUCUCAGCCUUCUGGGAACUCAGCUGCGUUGGAACAGAAGCAGUUCAGUGCUGCUAUCAAAGAUGAAACUGCUCCUGCUGACUGCUCGAGUACCGCUCCAUCCGUACCUGUGGCCAGCCAUUCCUUAGGACAGGCAGUGUACACUACUGGCCAGAAUCCAGUUGCCAAAAAGGCAGUUGUUAUCAAGCAGGAGAUAGCCGUGGCCAAAGCUGAACCUCAGAAUGCCAUUUCUCAAUUUUAUGUUAAUCCACAGAGGCAGCCUCAAACUGCAGUUGUUGCCCAACCUCAAGCUUUAUUAACUACCCAAGGAACUGCACAGCUGCUCCUUCCACUGUCUAUCCAGGGACCGAAUUCUGCCACUGCAGUGCAGCUACCAGUUGGAAAUAUCAAGUUGCAGGCUCAAUCACAAGCUGGAAUACAGACCCCAUCACAAAUUCCUGCUCCUAUUUCUUCCUCUGGCCUGGUCCAGACAGCUCCUCAGAUGCACACUGCACAGUCAAACCAAAGCCCCAGCACGCAGCACGCACUCGCUCAGACCCAGCAAGUCAGAAAGGUUUUCCCACCUACCACAUCAAAUGCAGUGUUUUCCUAUCAGACUGCACCAGUUACAACACCGUCACAAUCUUUUAUUAAUAAACCAUCCAACUCUAACAUUCACACUGGUGGUAAUCAGGUCCCCCCUGUGCAGAAUGGACCUGCUACUCCCAGUAAGCCUGGCUCCCCAUCUCAAGCCCAGCCCUACCUUGUGCAGCAGCCCCUCUUCAACAACACAGCGUCCAAGACAAAAGACCCUCCUCGUUACGAAGAGGCCAUCAAGCAGACCCGCAGUAUUCAGACACCGCACCGUGAGAUUUCCAGUGCACACAGUCAGCAGAUGGAUGAUCUGUUUGAUAUUCUCAUCAAGAGUGGAGAGAUUUCCCUUCCAAUUAAGGAAGAACCAUCUCCCAUAUCUAAAAUGAGACCAGUAACAGCCAACAUCACUACAAUGCCAGUGAACACAGUGAUAUCCCGUCCACCUCCACAAAUCCAAAUGGCCCCUCCUCCUGUGUCCUUAGAUCCAACCAGCAAUUUGUAUGUAAGUUUGGAAAACCAACUUGAAGCCCUUUUGGAUGGAACUUUACCAUCAGGUAAUGAAAUUCCUCAACUGACAGGCAGUAAUGAGGACAGAGAGUCCUUUUCUCUGAUUGAAGACCUCCAGAAUGAUCUGCUUAAUCACUCGAGCAUUUUAGAUCACUCUCAUUCACCCAUGGAAACAUCUGACCCACAGUUUACCACUAAUAGUUCUUGUCUGUCUCUUGACCUUCCCGAUACAAAUUUGGACAAUAUGGAAUGGCUGGACAUUACAAUGCCCAGCUCCUCAUCUGGACUCACCCCUCUCAGUUCUGCUGCCCCGAGCGUGUUUUCCACUGACUUUGUAGAUCCACAAGAUCUACAGUUGCACUGGGAUUGAGCUGUAGCCAAUGAGAACACGACCUGCAAGUCUCUUCACAGCAGAGGUCCAUUGUCAUACCAUCCUGAUUGCGGUUCAGAUAAAUUAGGACAGUAAUGUUUGGAAGAACAAAUGCUUGAAGCUGAUUCGUUAUUGAUUUCCAAGUUUACAACAGUGAAUUACUUUAUGCACGUACCGGUAAUGCAGAUCAGGGCCCUCUGAAAGCUGUAUUUCACUAGAGAGGAUGAUUGUACUUACUGAUUAAAAGUACCCCAAGGUAGAUGCAUCACAAAUAUUUGAGAAAGAAGUUAUGUCUCUGACUUUGUAAUGCUUAAACGAGCAACACAACGUGGCUGAACUUAGAGUGAGAUGUCAAGUGUCUGUAUUGACACAGUGAGCAAAUGUCUGAGGGAGGGGAAGGAAUCACUGCACUUCAUUGUUCCUGUGGACAGCCUGAGCCAGGGUCAGAAUCCAUUGGGAGGGCAAAGGCAAGUAGAAGCACUGGCUGGUUCAGUGAAACUUCACAUAUCUAGUCUCUUAAUUUGUUCAAGUUGUUUUUAUAUUUUGGUUUUGUGGUUUCUAAAACACUUCCCCCAUUCUUUAAUCAUGAGGGAGGAAUUUAACUGCAUCCAAAGGGAUAUUAAGUGUAACUGCAAGAAAUCCACUGUAGCUACACCAGGUAAUAUUGAGAACACUGAAUUUUCUAUAGCAAUGCUCUGGAUUUAAUAGAUAGGUUUUAAUGUGUAUAUCAGACGUUAUUUGUAUACUCUUUUAACAUUAUAUAGCUUAUUUUUGUGGACAGAGGGGAACACAGUGGUCUUCAAACAAGAGAUUAUUCUAGUGGAAAUAAAUAUCCUACUUUGCUUUGUGUUUGAGGAUAUUUGUUAGAUCGUUGAAUCCAGUAUCUCAGCAGAUUAGAACAGUUAGAGGAAGUAGAAAAGUUUAAUUAAUGCUUUUGUACACUUAUGAUCCUGCAAGCAUCUAUGCAAGAACAGUCCCAGUGCCCCCAGUAAAAGGCGUUUGUAGGAUGAGGUCGAGUUGCAGGGGACAGUACUGACAGGACAACCAUCAUUGCUUAAGGAGAACUUUAUCUCUUGAACAGUUUUGUCUACCACUACAUAACAUCAGGGAAGCCAACAGAGAAGCUACUCAGUGAGAAUCCUAAUAGUAUCAGGAUGUACUGUUUUGUGAUAAGAAGGCAUAUUUCAUACCUGAAACAGAUAAUAGCAAAAAUUAAGCUCUUACAGCACAGCACAUUUUUUUAAAGCCCUCAGUUGUUGUCUUCAGAGUCUAUUAUGAAAGCAGUUAGUAAAACAAGCAAAAAAUGCAAAUAGAAUUAAUAUACUUUGACAUUCUAUGGUUGUCUCUCAGGUAAUAGCUGUUAAAUGUUGCCAUAGAUGAUAGAGGCUGAUAAUCAAACAAAAUUGGAAUUAUUUCUUACUAGGGAAUUUUUAAAUUAAGAUAAAAGGAAACAGUCCCCUGUUUCCUGAAAUAGGGAAACAUUUUCUAGUCUGAAAACUGAUCUCACUGCAUGGUUCUUUCUUCCCCACUAACCUACAAAAACAACGUUUUGUAGGAAUGAAUGAACAAAUGCCCUGAAGCUUUUGCUUCCUUCUUAGAACAAUGACACGUAUCAAAGAAAUGCUGGAACCAGAAAGUAGUUGUAACCUAUAUAGCAACCUUUAUCACAUCUUAAAAACCACAAUCAGUUAACAUCAAACAAAAUCCUUUUGUCAAAAAGUUUUGUGGAAUUAACUGCAAAUUUAUACCUCCAGAUACAAUGCAGCCUGGUUUACAACUACUACAGAAUUCAUUGGCUUCAGAUAAAGUAGUGGAUUAUGUCAUCGAUUCAGGGUUUAAACCCAUAUCAUAUGUUUGCAUCAUAUCAGUUACAGCACUUUAAAUCCUUCUAUCUCUUCACUAAUUUUACUGGCCAAGAUUUGCUUCAAUAUGAAACUAAGUACAGCAAAACAAUCAGUGGAGAUUUUAAUUACACCAAGUUGAAAGACGUAUUUCCUUGUUCUUUCUCGCUGUGCCUGCAGUAUCGAGUACAGUGUUACACGUGGACUGUCUGCCUUAAGCUUGGAUGGUUUAGGACUCUUCAAGAACACUGAACACUCACAUUCAACUUUUUGCAUUCCUUUUUAGCACGCUCUCUUGGGAGCUAAUACUCUGAGAUACUAAGUGCCCUCAGCUGUUAGGAGAGUAAGAAUUAAGGACUCUUGGUCUGGUAGGAACAACUCUGAAUGAAAUUUAGUGUUCUGCAGUACUGUCAGUUCAUUAUGUGUGAUACACCAGACAUCAUACCACAUUUGUGUGGUUAGAAUUAUCCCUUUUUGACCCUGCCUUCUGAUUAAAUAAGAGGCAAGUAAAUUAAUUUUUAGAGGACAAAUUAACCUAGAGCAACUGUACUGUCAUUUUUGAUGUGCAUGUAAAUAGAGCUUGAAACUGGCAGAGUCAUCUUGCUACCAAACUAUCGUUCUUGGCAGUGUAGGAUGUUAACUAACCCAUAGGAAUCUAUGUGCAGAAAUAAACCCAAACAGUUGAGCUGUCUUGUUAGCAGUACAGUGUAGCUUUCUACUCUUUGACAAAAAAAUUUAAAAAUU